AUGGGUUCUGAGCAGGGUGCCAAUACUAGUGCACCUGCGAUAGUUGACCAACUGGCAUCCGUCACUCCCUCAGCUGCAAUUCCAUGGUGGAAGCAACGACACCUUCUUCGUCUUAAUCUCACCAUUCUAUCUUUAGUCUUGUUCUCAUCUGCCAAUGGCUUUGAUGGAUCAUUGAUGAAUGGUCUUGAAGCCUUGGACCAAUGGAAAGAGUUCAUGGAUCAUCCGUCAGGCUCAUGGCUUGGUUGGAUCAAUGCCAUCUACUGGCUGGGAUGUGGUGUCGGAUACCCCACGGCCUCCUGGAUUGCCAACCGCUACGGACGCAAGCCGGGAGUGUUCGUAGGCUACUUCUUUUUGGCCCUUGGCUGUGCUCUACAAACAGCAGCGCCCAAUGAUACCGCCUUUCUGCUUGCCCGUUUCUUCCUGGGCAUUGCCUCUGCUCUCUUUGGAAACGCUGUCCCCCUUCUCAUCAAUGAAAUUGCCUACCCGGCUCAUCGUGGCAUCCUUAACUCACUCUUCAUGUCAGGAUGGUAUGUUGGUGGAACAGUUGCUGCUUGGGUUGUGUUUGCAUCGCGCACAUAUUCGUCUUCAUGGUCCUGGAGACUUCCAUCCCUCCUUCAGGCCCUGGUCCCGUUACUCGGUCUGCCAGGUUUCUUGCUUGCCCCUGAGAGCCCUCGCUGGCUGGUUUCAGUUGACCGAGAAGAGGAAGCUCGUGCUAUUCUCGUAAAGCACCAUGCUGCAGGUGACUCCUCAUCGCCCCUUGUCAACCAAGAAUUUCAAGAGAUCUUGUUGACAAUUCGGGCAGAGAAGGAGGCCAGCAGUGGAGGAUCAUACGCCGAAAUGUUCAAGACUCCCGGAAACCGCCGUCGCUUAAUGAUCUCUAUCACGUUGGGCAUGUUUGCUCAGUGGGUUGGGAAUGGAGUCAUCUCAUACUACCUGUCCCUGAUUUUGACCUCGGUCGGAGUCACUGAAGUUCGAGAUCAAACCCUCAUCUCGGCCUGCUUACAGAUGUGGGAUCUGGUAUUCGCCGCCCUUGGUGCAUUCUUGAUCGAUAGAUUGGGACGCCGGCCCCUAUUCAUGGCAUCGGCUUCUAUCAUGUUCGUUAGCUAUGUGCUUGUUACGGCUCUUUCAGGAUCUUUCGCGGUUACUGGAGAUACCGCGACCGGCGGUGCUGUCAUUCCAUUCCUGUUCAUCUUCUUUGCAGGAUACUGUAUUGCUCUGACACCUUUCCUCACCUCUUAUCCCUGCGAGAUCUGGCCAUUCCGUCUCCGCUCCCGCGGCCUCACAGUGACAUGGAUUGCUACCAUUGUCGGCAUGUUCUUCAACACGUUUGUCAACCCCAUUGCAUUGGGUGCGAUUGCAUGGAAGUACUACAUUGUGUUUGUUGUUGUUCUGUUGGCCUUCGGUGUCACCGCCUACUUCUUCUACCCUGAGACUAAAGGGUACUCAUUGGAGCAAAUUGCUGUCAUAUUUGAUGGUCCAGAUGCUCUCGUUGGAACAGGUCCAGAGGAGAAGCUUGGUAUUGAUGCCGCCGAUGAUGCUAAAUCUGGCUCAUCGGCCGUUCACAAUGAAAUGGCAUGA